AUGCGGCAGCUCUUCCUCGACAACUUCAGCCAACAGUUGGAGUGCCUCGAGCAGACUACUCCUCGAAUCACUACCUUCUUCAACCAAAACAUCGAGUCCAAUAUGUCCAGUCCUACCUCAGCCGACAGCGACACAUUCGGUUGGUACGAUACCACCAAGACGUACUGCAUCAUUGGCGUCGAGUCAAGUGAUACCGGCAUACUAGAGCGCCCCGAAAAUGAACGUUUCCUUUGCCAAAUCCAACCCAUGGCUGGCCUGGGAGAUGGCUACGACGAAGAUGACGACACCCAAGCUGGAUUGUCAUUGACAUUCAGCAUUGACUCGUUCACCGAUGUCACCGAGGGACACAAGUUCGGACGAGAUCCAGAGAAGUGUGACGUUGUCCUGGGGAAAGAGAACGAGGAUAACAUCGAUGGGGCGCACUUCAGAGUGCAGUUGGACUACACGCAGCAGGUCCCGGAAUUGGACAUAUACAAUUGCAGUCCAAGAGGGAUUGAAGUCGACGACAAACUACUUUCUGGAAUAGGGCAGCGUAUACGGAUAUAUCAGGGCGAGGCUGUCACUGUCACAGUCGGAGAUGUGUCCCUCAUGCUUAUGUUCCCUGUUCUGGAUUUCAGCAACCGCAAACUGCAAUCAAGAUGGGCAGAGUUGAGAACAACAGCAUGGUCUCUGCUUCAGCCUUCUGUACGGCAAGCACUUGUCCCUCAGGACGCGCGUCAAAGAUACCUCGACGCAGAAGAAGAUUGUAUCUGGCAAGAAGCACGGCCCUUCCGGUCCGAGACUGGCAGCAUGACAGUAACGCUCGCCAAAGGCAAGCAAAAGCAAAAGACCGGCUUCCCUGUCGUUCUGAAGAAGCUACGGGACAGGAAGGGCGAUGCCAGAGAAGAGCGUAUCAACAUGGGCGAGACAGCCGCCAUGACCCGAGUACGGCACGAAAACGUCGUCUCUGCCUUUCGCGAACAGUGGCCUCAAGGCAAUUCAUGCUGA